CUCUCUUUUGCUACUUUCUCCCUCCACCAUAGUUCUCUAAUUCAAUAUUAGAGAUAAUUUUAAAAAUGCGCCAACUCACAGAAGAUGAAACUAAAACCCUCUUCUCCAAACUCGCCAACUACACCGGCCGCUCUCUCAACGCCCUGGUUACCUCCGUCGAUGAUCCCUCCUCCAACGACCGCUAUGUCUUCCGUCUUCACGGCAGCAGAGUCUACUACAUGCGCCUGUCGCUAGCGAACCUGGCGACUUCGAUCCCGCGCGCCAAUCUGCUCUCAUUGGGCAUCUGCGUCGGCAAGUUCACCAAGACCGGGAAAUUCAGGAUCCAUGUAACCGCGCUGGAGGUGAUUGCGCCGCAUGCGAGGUAUAAGGUGUGGAUUAAGCAGAACGGAGAGAUGCCGUUUAUGUAUGGGGGGAAUGUUGUUAAGGCGCAUAUUGGACGGUGGAGUGAGGAUUGUCCGGAGCAUCAGGGGGUUGUGGUGUUUAACAUGGAUGAUACGCCUUUGGGCUUUGGCGUCACGGCGAGAUCAACUGCUGAGACUCGGAAACUGGACCCAACGGCCAUUACAGUGUUUAGACAGGCGGAUAUUGGAGAAUAUUUGAGAGAGGAAGAUACCCUCUUCACGACUUAGAAGUCCCUUUGCAUAUGCGGAUCGUUAUGGGUGCUCGAUAUUCGAUGUGGUCAAAACGGAGUUCCGGCGUCGUAUUCGUCUUAGAAAAGUCUUCAAUAUACCAUGGUUGUGCAUGAUCUUGACAGAAUAGUUUGGUACUGUAAAGCUAUAGCAACCAACACAAGCGUUUAAGCAUUUCAAUUGCAU